GGAGGCGGCGGCGGCUGGAAGAUGGCGGCAGGCGGAGGCAGCGCGGGGCGGCCCUGCGCGGCGUGGCUGCUGAUCGCCGCCGCCGCCCUCAGCGCCGUCCAAGUAUCAGCAGUAGAGGUCAACACCCCGGAGGAGAUGUUUGUGGAGAACGGGACGGACGCAAAGCUCCCAUGCACGUUCACAUCCGUAGAAGUGAUCAGCAGUGCAGCAUCUGUCUCCUGGAGCUUUCAGCCAGAGGGAGCAGCCACUCGUAUCUCAUUUUUCUAUUACUCUAAUGGGAAGUCAUACCCUGGAAAGGACAUACCAUUUAAAGACAGGAUCACUUGGGCUGGAGAUCUUAACAAGAAAGAUGCUUCUAUCACUAUAUCAAACAUGCAGUUCCGGGACAACGGCACGUACAUUUGCGAUGUCAAGAACCCACCUGACAUUGUUGUCAAACCAGGAGAAAUCCGAGUUAGAGUUGUGGAGAAAGACAGCCUGCCUGCGUUCCCCAUUGCCACCGUGGCAGGGAUAGCCAUCGGUACGGUUACAGGUCUCUCAUCGCUCAUCUCUAUUGUCGUGUGUCUUGUCAUCAGAAAGAACAACUCUAAAAAACGAUACUCUGGAGAUCCUGAUAUAGACGCCAGAUUGGGAAUGUAACAGGGCUGGGUCUUCUCUUCCAGUCCCACUAGACACCAUGGGCCCAGUCAUUUACGCGCAGUUAGAUCACUCCGGGGGACAGCACAGCGACAAGAUCAACAAGUCAGAGUCUGUGGUCUACGCCGACAUUCGGAAGAACUGAGAUCCUCAGCUAUCCAAAGGACAACACACAUUCAGACUGGAAUUGCUUGAGCAAGAUUUGACCCAGAGAACUCACAUGUGGCCUUUGAUGCCUAGGCUAGGACCAAUGCAUGUGCAUACAGAGGGAGAGAUAUAUAUGUAUUGUGUGUAAAUAGUCUAUUUAAUCGUACAGAAGUGAGACCAAUGUUGCAUGUUGAAAUGCGGUAAGAAUUUUGCUUAUAAAUUGCCAA